ACCAAUAACCAGACAGGCAGACUUUUCAGACAUUAGUCAAAACCACGUUUAUUUUUAACAUUAAAAGUUUUUUAAAAGUUAUUGUUGCUUUUUCUCUUUGCUAAUUACUACAAUGGGAAAGAAAAAUAAAGAAUCACUUGGUCGUGCUCUUAUUAAAGACAGAUUUGCUAAAAAUCGACACCGCCGACAUGUAGAAGACAAUACUAUGCUUCACACGACAGAGGUUCAGGAUGGAUAUGAUUGGGGCCGUCUUAAUUUACAAUCUGUCACAGCCGAAUCUUCACUCCAAGAGUUCUUGUCAACCGCAGAGCUAGCUAACAGAGAAUUUAUUGCUGAAAAAAUGAAUGUUAAAUAUGUUAAAUCUGCCCCCUGUGAAGUUGAACUAGCUACCUCACAACCAGACUUUGAUGAACCACUCACAGUUCCCAGAAGACCUCAAUGGAAACCAGGUAUUACAGCAGAGGAACAGUUAACAAAAGAAAGGGAUGAAUUUCUUGAUUGGAGACGCCAUUUAAAUGAACUGCAAACUAAACUGGGUGCAGCGGUAACACCAUAUGAAAGAAAUUUAGAACUUUGGAAGCAAUUGUGGAGAACUUUGGAAAAGUCUGACAUAGUUCUAAUACUAUUGGAUGCAAGGAAUCCACUUUUGUUCAGAUGUACAGAUUUGGAAAAAUAUGCAAGUGAACAAAAAUGCAAGAUUUUUUUGUUAUUGAAUAAAGCUGAUUUAACCACAGAGUAUGGCAGGAAAUGUUGGGCGGAAUAUUUUGCUAAAGAGAACAUUUCAAUUAUUUUCUUCUCUGCUGCAAAAAGUACAAAGGAAAGGAAAAUAUCCGAAGAGAGUAAUGCAGCUAAAGGAGUUGAGGAUGAUGAAGAAUCAAGUUCAGAGUCUGUAGACUCUGAAGAGGAGGGUGACAAUCAUAAUGCUUUAAAUGAUACACAGGAUGACAUUGAAAUGUUUAAAAAGCAAUUAGGAGAUCUUGGUCAAGCAGUUAAUAACACAGCCCAUAGAAUAGAUGCAAUUCAAAUAGCUUUAGAUAAGGUACUAGAAAAUCUAAGAACUGAUAAGCCUAUAGAACCUUUUCAAAGUAUAAAAUUAACACUCAAUAAUGAAACACCAGCACAACCAACAGAACAAUCGGAAAAAACAGAUUGCAAUACUGUUUCAGAAGAUUCUGAUAAAGUAAAUGAAAAUAUUGACCAAGUUACGAAUUCACAUGAAAUUUUUGAUCGUGAUAGAUUGAUACAAGUUCUUAAAGAACAGAAGAUUGGUCAAUUGAAGAAUCCACCAAGAUUGACUGUUGGAAUGAUUGGUUACCCCAAUGUAGGAAAAUCAAGCUCUGUCAAUGUUUUGAUGCAAACUAAAAAGGUUAGUGUCAGCUCAAUGCCGGGUCACACGAGACACAUUCAGUCUCUGAUUUUGGAUGAUGAUUUAGAACUGUUGGACUGCCCUGGACUAGUGUUACCGGCAUAUGCUGUAGCACCAGAUCUCUUGCUAACGGCUGUGCUGCCCAUUGACCAGAUGCAAUCUCACGAUGCAGCAAUGGCUCGUCUGUGCCAGCUUGUGAGUCGGCACACAUUCCAGCACAAGUAUGGACUACUUCUACCAGAGUAUGAAGGCAGUGAACUUGAGUACAGAAAAAUAUUGACUGCACAUGCUUUUAAUAGAGGCUUCAUGACAGCAGCUGGUCAGCCAGACCAGUCGAGAUCAGCUCGACUUUUCCUGAAAGACGCAGCCAGUGGACGUUUACACUGGGAAGAAUUACCUCCUGGAUACGAACCAGCUCCUGUGGAUGAUCUGAUUGAAGAGAAGAAAAAUGAGACCAGGAAACCAACGCCCAGGGAGGCUAGAGCUGUUGAGGGUUGGAUGAAUAAGUCCAAGGAAAUCGACAAUACGUUUUUCGCUAUGCAGAAGGGCGGCGCUCACGUCAAAGGAAAACCAAUUUUGGGAGUCACAGCGCCAUCAGACGUUCAGAAGCCGAUCGUUGGAAAACCCUGGAAACACGAAAAGAAACACGCAAAUAAAAAUAAAAGAGAAAAGUUGAGAAGAGUCUACGCUCAUUUAGACGAACAUUAAAUACCACAGAUUGAAAAUUAUAAAAUACAGAUAACAAAUGUGUAGAAUUAAUUUAUAAAUGUGAGAAACAAAUGUCGAUAUUUAAUAAAACUUUGUUACAUUC